CAUUUCCCUCUUCUGCUUCCAGCGAUGGCGUCUACUGAUCUGAGACAGGAGCUGGACUGUUCCAUCUGCCUGAGCAUUUAUACAGAUCCUGUAACCCUGAGAUGUGGCCACAACUUCUGCCGGGUCUGUGUUGAUCGUGUGCUGGAUACACAGGAGGCGUCUGGAGCUUAUACCUGUCCUGAAUGCAGAGCAGAGUGUCAGACGCGUCCUGCACUGCAGAGGAACAUAACGCUGUGUAACAUAGUGGGGAGGUUCCUGUCUACUUGGCCAGAUCAGGAGGAGACUGGGAUCUUCUGCACUUACUGUGUGGACUCUCCUGUACCUGCUGCUAAAUCCUGUCUGCUGUGUGAGGCUUCUAUGUGUGAUAAACACCUGAGAGUACACAGCAAGUCAGCAGAACACGUCUUAUGUGACCCCACCACUGCCCUGGGGAACAGGAAAUGCUCCGUCCAUAAGAAGGUCCUGGAGUAUUACUGCACUGAGGAUGCUGCCUGUAUUUGUGUGUCCUGCAGGCUGGAUGGAGAACAUCGGGGACACCAUGCGGAGAUGCUGGAUGAGGCCUCUGAGAAGAAGAAGGAGAAGCUGAGAGAUGCUCUGCAGAAACUGACCACAAAGAGAGCAGAGACUGAGAAAAGAGUCCAGAGUCUGCAGGAGCGCAAGAGAGAAGAUCAGGGAAAAGCAGUGGGUGUAACAGAGACAGUCACUGCCCUGUUUAGAGACAUCAGGAGACAGCUGGAAGACCUGGAGAAGAGAGUCCUGAGUGAGAUCUCCAGGCAGGAACAGUGCGUUUCACUCUCAGUCUCUGAUCUGAUCCAGCAGCUGGAAAUAAAGAAGGACGAGCUGUCCAGGAAGAUGCGUCACAUUGAGGAGCUGUGUAACAUGUCUGACCCAGUGACUGUCUUACAGGAACCAGACACAGGGGACUUGUGUGAUACUGAGGACACAGAGAGACAUGAUAACCAGGUCCGCGGUGCAGGACAUCUGGAUGUGGGUCUCAUCUCAGGGUCAUUACACACAUUAUCUGAUAUAAUAACAGGUAUAAAUACAGGGAUCUAUGUGCAGCAACCUACAGACCUAUUACUGGAUGUGGCCACAGCUGGUAAUGAUAUACUGAUAUCAGGUGAUGGGAAAACUGCAUCCAGGUCACCAUACCAGAAUCACCCAGUAACACCAGAGAGAUUUCAGUGUGAUCAGGUAAUAAGCACCAGGGGAUUCUCCUCAGGGCGACAUUACUGGGAGGUGGAUGUCAGUAAGUCAGUGAUGUGGAGGGUGGGGAUGUGUUAUCCCAGUAUAGACAGGAGAGGAGGUCAGUCAUACAUUGGGGAUAAUAACAAGUCCUGGUGUGCGUGUAGGAGGGGGUAUAAUAAUCAGUACUCAGUGAGACAUGACAGUACAGUGAUCCAGUUACCUGACAGUAUCCCCUGUGACAGAGUGAGGGUAUAUCUGGAUUAUGAGGCAGGACAGAUGUCCUUUUAUUCUCUGUGUGACCCCAUCAGACACUUACACACCUAUACUGCCGCCCUCACUGAGCCCCUCCAUGCUGCAUUAUGUGUAGGGGCCGGGUGUAUAACUAUAUGUGGGGGAGUCAGGAGUAGGGAUGGCUAUCAACCAUCAAUAGUUGCCAAACAUUGAUGGCUAACUACUGAUGGUCAAUGAUUUUGCCAUCGAUGAAAGAGAGCCAAUGGUUCCCUGCCAUUGAUGGUUGACUAUAACCCCAAAAAAAAAAAUUCUUUUUUUACUGGCAGGGAGAUUAGCCCCACCCCGGCUCCCGCUAAGCACCCCCCCCUUCCCAUUUUUAUUGGCCCGCGGCUUGGCCAGCCCCUACCAGCAGUGGCCAUCGAGUGGUGCAAACCAUCGAUUGCUCACCGUAGAUGGUUAUCAUCACCGAUAGUGCCAUAUAUUGCAACCAUCGAUGUGCAGUCCACCGAUGGCCUUCCCUAGUCAGAAGAUGAGAAAAAUUAAAAGAUAUCCGCCCAGAGACUGUUAACAUCACAGGGAGGGGAAUCUGUUUGGUUGAACAUUCAGCCAGUAGAAUAAAGCUACAGGUGACAAGAGUGUCAGGAUAUCUUAGAUACCUUCUUUAUAAAUAUACAAAUAUAAAUCUCUGUGGGAUUUCCCUGCCUGUGAAUCACUGACAGUUGUGAUUGGCUGGAAUAACUGUCUGUCACCCAGGGAGCACCCUGUUCCUGUCAGUAUAAGCUCCUCUGAUUAUGUUACAGCUGUUUGUCUCCACUAUUCUUAAAAACCUACCCUUGAUCCAAACACUCUCUCCAACUAUCGACCCAUCUCUCUCCUCCCUUUUGCCUCCAAACUCCUUGAGUGUAUUGUCUAUAUUCGCCUCACUGCCUUUCUUUCCUCACACUCACUGCUUGACCCAUUCCAGACUGGUUUCCGUUCUCUCCACUCCACUGAAACUGCCCUCACAAAAGUCUGCAAUGACCUCCAUGCUGCUAAAUCUAAGGGCCACCACUAUCUACAUAUUCUUCUUGACCUCUCUGCUGCUUUUGACACUGUGGACCACCCUCUCCUUCUCCAAAUCCUUCACUCUCUUGGUCUGCGUGAUACUGCCCUUUCCUGGCUGUCCUCCUGCCUCUCUGAUCAUUCCUUCUCUGUUUCCUCUCAUGACACUACCUCCCCCCCACUUCCACUAACUGUUGGUGUCCCCCAAGGUUCUGUUCUUGGUCCCCUCCUUUUCUCUCUCUAUACGUCCUCUUUAGGUGAACUCAUUAGUUCUUUUAACUUCCAAUAUCAUCUCUAUGCUGAUGACACUCAUCUACCUGUCCUCCCCUGAUCUCUCCCCGGCUCUCCUCACUCGUACCUCCAACUGUCUCUCUGCUACCUUUUCCUGGAUGUCCUAGCACUUUCUUAAACUCAACAUGUCUAAGACUAAGCUGAUCAUCUUCCCUCCCUCCCGCACAACCUCACCUCCCACAAUCUCACUAUCCAUUGAUGGCACAACUAUCUCCUCUAGCCCCCAAGUACGCUAUCUUGGCGUAAUCCUUGACUCCUCCCUCUCCUUCAAACCACACAUUCAGCACCUCUCACAAACUUGUCAUUUUCAUUUCAAAAACAUUUCCAAGAUCAGACCCUUUCUCACCCAGGAUGCCACCAAGACCAUUAUCCACUCACUGAUUAUUUCCAGACUGGAUUACUGUAGUCUUCUCCUAACUGGCCUCCCUGACAAUUACCUCUAUCCACUCCAAUCUAUCCUCAACGCUGCAGCCCGGCUCAUUUUCCUCACCAAACGCACUACGUCCACCUCCCCUCUCCUACUAGCCCUUCACUGGCUUCCCUUCCCUUUCAGAAUCCAAUACAAACUUCUCACACUCGCUUACAAAGCCCUCACCCACUCCUCUCCCAUCUACAUCUCUGAUCUUAUCUCCCUCUACACUCCCACCCGUCCUCUUUGCUCUGUUAAUGCACGCUGACUCUCCUGCCUACGGAUUUCUUCCUCCCACUCCUACAAGAUUUUUCACGUGCUGCUCCCUUUUUCUGGAAUUCUGUACCUCACCCCCUCAGACUCUCCACCUCUCUACAGAACUUCAAACGGGCUCUGAAGACCCACUUAUUUACCAAACCCAGCCAAAUCUUAUCCUAAUCCUCUGUCCCACACUCGGUCUACCCCAUCUGUGUCACCCCUGUCUGUCUACCCCUCCCCUUAAGAAUGUAAGCUCUCACGAGCAGGGCCCUCUUCCUUCAUGUACUUAUCCUUUUCUUACUUUAAUAAUCCUCAUCUGCCCAAAUCCUGCAUAUCUCGGCCACCUUGGAACUUCUCUCUAUGUCAGUUACUGGUGUAGUUAUGCUUAGUUAACCUGCACUUGUCCUAUAUUGUCUUCAACUGUAAGUCACUGUUUUCCUGUUUUGAUUAUGUGCAUAUGUACUCUGUAAUUGGGCGCUGCGGAACCCGUGUGGCGCCAUAUAAAUAAAGCAUAAUAAUAAUAAUAAUAAUAGCUGCGUAAUCAGCAGGGGUGGAUGUGCGGAUCAGGGCACCUCUAGGCACAACAGUAACGGCCGUCCCCUCUGCCUAGCUUUAUUAUUUUAAUUGAUUGGUUAUGAGCCCAGAUUUGAUGAUUGACAAUUUAAUAUUAUUAAAAAUAAAAAAAAAGCCUUGAGCUAUGACAUUUUAUUUUUAA